CGUUCGUCGUUCGUGCUCGUUCCUGGUCGGUCAGUACGCGUAGUCGGCACGGUGCGUACGGUCUGGGAUCGGCUCGCGCGCGUCAACACACGCGAAUCUCCGCCGUACGCCGCUCUCCGUCUCGCACUCGCCGUCUCGCGUCGUCUCUCGCUCCCUCCUCAGCGGGACAGAUCAGCGCUCCGGAUAGGAUGACCGACCCCAAAAUCGAGAUGCACUACACCCCGCCGACGUCAGACACCAUCCAGACGAAGCCGUUCCCGAUACGAGGCGAACGCGCGAAUUUUGUGAACAAGCCCCACGUGAUCGCGAUGGUCGGCCUGCCGGCCCGCGGCAAGACCUACAUAUCCAAGAAGCUCUGCCGGUACCUCAAUUGGAUCGGCAUCAGCACGAAGGUCUUCAACCUGGGCGAGUACAGGCGACACGCCACCACGGCCUAUCAAUGCCACGAGUUCUUCCGUCCCGACAACAUAAAGGCGAUGGCGAUACGCACACAGUGCGCGAAGGAGGCCCUGAAGGACGUUUGCCAGUGGCUGGAGAGUGGUGACGGCGAGGUGGCCGUCUUCGACGCCACCAACUCCACGGUCGACAGACGCCAGCUCAUACACGACAUAGUCGUAGGCCAGAUGGGCUUCAAGCUCUUCUUCGUCGAGUCUGUGUGCAAUGAUCCGGAGAUCGUCGAGCAGAACAUUAUGGAAGUGAAAGUCAGUAGUCCGGAUUACGCGAAUAUGAAGAAGGAGGACGUGCUCGCGGACUUCAUGCUGCGAAUCGAGCAUUACCAGGAGCGAUAUCAUCCGUUGGACGAGGAGCGCGAGAGCGACCUGUCGUUCAUGAAAAUAUACAACACCGGCGAGAAGGUGCUGGUCCAUAAGCACGAAGGCCAUAUACAAAGUAGAAUAGUUUACUAUCUUAUGAACAUUCAUAUUGUGCCACGCACAAUUUACUUGACCAGGCACGGUGAGAGCCUGAUGAACCUCGAGGGCAGGAUAGGCGGCGACUCGGACCUGAGCGAGCGGGGUCGUGAAUAUGCGAAGGCAUUGGCAGACUACAUCAGUGGUCAGAACAUACAGGGUUUGCGAGUUUGGACUAGCUGGCUGAAGAGAACCAUUCAGACCGCGGCUGACGUAAAGGCGCCGCAAGAAAGGUGGAAGGCUCUCAACGAAAUUGACGCCGGUAUUUGUGAGGAGAUGACUUACGAGGAGAUCGCCUCGAAAUAUCCUACGGACUUUGCCGCGAGAGAUCAAAACAAAUUCUCGUAUCGCUAUCCAAGGGGGGAGAGUUACGAGGAUCUCGUCGCGCGAUUGGAGCCCGUGAUAAUGGAGCUGGAGCGUCAGGGUAACGUCUUGGUCGUCAGUCAUCAGGCGGUGCUACGGUGUUUACUCGCGUACUUCUUGGACAAAAAUGCAGAUGAAUUACCGUAUUUAGAAGUACCUUUGCACACCAUUGUGAAAUUGACACCGGUCGCCUACGGCUGCAACAUGGUCAAGAUUCGCCUGCCGAUAGACGCCGUGGACACUCAUCGGGCGAAACCAAAGAUUCCGGGAUAUCUAGACGAGAAAUUCCGAGGAAAGGAGAAGCUACUACGCACGUGAUAACAACGAAUUUCGUAAAGCACGGCGCAGCUAUUCCCUACCGUUGAUAUACCGAGAACACUGAAGCAGCAUAGAUCCCGGCAGCUGGCUGCCGCCCGCCCCUUCUCGCGCGUACGUGAAUCAGCGCGCAUCCGAGCCCUUUUCUUCCUACAAUGUGUACAAGCUAGAGACGAAGCGCGAUCGGCAGGGUACCCUGUGAAACCCAUAGGCACGAGGGUGGAGGAACCUCUGCGACGACGCAGGUCCCGCGUCACGAUCGCACACACCCGCACGCUGCGCGCGUGUGAUCUUGUGAUUUUUAUAUUUUUUGAUUGGCAUCUAGCUAGGUAGCGAGAAGAACAUAUGUGAUACCAGGGAUGAUCGUCGACGAGAAGAGCCUGGUGAACGUGUGUACACGCGUCUUUUAGACAAGAUUUUUUUUUUAUUUAGACAAACUUACGGACUCGCGCGUCCACCGACCAGUGCGUGCUUCGAAGUACUUGCUUCUUGUCGGAGAAAAGUUUGUCCCGAUCAGACAAUACUUACACGAUGUUACAUGUGACUCCAAGAUAGAAUCCUAUAUUCUAAAUAUACAUAUAUAUAUAUCCCUUUCUCCUUCGGCAGAUACUUCGAAGCGCUCGCGAAUCUGAGAGAAGGCGUGUCUGUUUUUUUUAUUACAUCCAUAUUUCAAACGUUAUUUCGUCGGACGUUUCUUAGAGACUUCCAGGAGGCGGAUCCAAGUAUCGUGAGAUUGUGACGUUGAUAAUAAUACUCGACUACGUAAAGGUACUCGAGAUAUAUAGUACAAUACCUUAGAUUGUGCGAUAAUACUUCCGAUCAAGCUAACGAACACGUUACAAUUCAGUCCAUUGUCUAACAUAUACGUUGCGAUCUUGUAUGUUAAGUAGCUGAAUUACGGAUUUCGAUUAUGGAUAUGUAUCUCGAUCGAUGAGAAACAUAUAAUAAAUAACACAUGCAAUUU